GAAUAAUCAGCUGAUUGGUUAUUUUUUUUGUCAGUUUUGAUACGGAAAUAAAUUGAUGGUGUAGUAAACUUCCACAGUUUCCAGUUUCCAGUAUGACUAAUUAAUGUUUUGUAACAAAAGAAAAUUUAUGAAGCAGUGUUCGAAUCGUAAAUUAUCGUGUAUCAAUGAAAACGACUACGAGAAAUAGUGAUUCUAGAAUUGCGGAGAAAGGAAUGUGAGUGGAAAAGUAGAGAAUAUAUUGAAUUAAAGAGACUGAAAAUGUCGUCUUCGCCUGAAAACAUCGCUUUAAAACAGCCUAUUAGGCGUUUGGAAAUUCAGAUAAACAAUUUUAAUGUUGCUAUUCCGCAUCAUGUUGGUUUACUGAAACGUCACAAAAGCAACAUUGAGAAAUAUCAAGCACAGCAUGACUGGGAGAAAAUGUAUAGAGAACACAUGAAUGUAUCAAGGAUUGUAAAACAACUUAAGGAGUUGCUAUAUCAGAUGGAUACUCUUAGAGCACAAGUUUUAGAUUCUGACAUUGAGCAGUUUGAUAAGCUGACUGGCAAUGCUCGUUCCAGUAUCAUGAAUGCAGUUAAGGAAUACUUAGAGCUGCAGUUGAAUUUGCCCACUUCACCACCAGAUUCACCCAAAAGCGAAGAUCAACCCGAAAGUCACCCACUUGACAGUCGAUAUGUCCAGUUGCAGGAAGAACAACAAGAGUUGGAACGUCAACAGGCAUGUAUGCAUGCCUGGAACUCCCUGCAAGGUGAUAUACAUCAGUUGCAUCAAUUAUUCGUGGACUUUAACAAAAUUGUGGAUGAUCAGAAGGAAUUGGUGAAUUCUGCAGAAGAUGGCAUAGAAGAAACACAUGUAAAUGUGAAAGAGGGUGAAAAGUUCCUUGCAAAAGCUGCAAGGUACAAAGUUGCUAUGUACCCUGUGGCAGGAGCUGUACUUGGAACUUGUAUCGGUGGACCAGUUGGUCUAAUAGCAGGAUUAAAAGUUGGUGGACUGACAGCACUAGGUUGUGGUAUUUUAGGAUUUACUGGAGCAAGUUUACUGAAGAAAAAGGAGAUUGAAAUGCAAAAAUCGAGAACAGAGGUUCAACCUUUGACUGAGCAAAAAUCGACACAAGAUUCACCGUGUUCGUCCAAGAGCUUAGAAGACACCAAAAAGGAGUUGUGACCCGAGGCAAAAUGUGAUAGUAGCGAUAAGAAAGAAAAAAAGAAAGCUUGCAUUGUUGUUUAAGUAUCGAUAUCAACAGUGCAAUCACUUUUAAAAUUAAGGAAUGUUUCAUAUAGAAUUUAAAUAUGUAACCAAAAUUAGUGAUGAUCUGCGGCCUAGAUAUCACUAUAAAGGUGGUUUGUGAUUUACUAUAUUUUUAAUCAUAUGACGUGUCAAAGUGCUUAAGUUAUGCGUAUGUCAUAAAGUCAUAAAUUCUUAAAAAGUGUACAGGCAUAAUUAUAUGCUGGGACCAAAAUUUAUUCGUAAGAUUAGGAAGGUCCUAGUCAAUUUCUCUAAGUCGUUAAAAGAUUAGACGCGUUAUUAAAUUUUACGAUACAUUUGACAUCUGCGAAUACAUUAUUGCUGAUACCGAUAUUAACGAAACGAGUUUGACUGAUUAGAAUUAACGUUAUUACAAGUAUAUAUGUAAACGACGUAUAUGUUUAACCAUGACGUGUACUUACAGUAAUGCGACAAAAGUUGUAUUUUGCCUUUUCGUAGAAUAGAUCUGCGCUCGAGUCACGUCUUUCGGAUGCUUUUCACGUGCCUCGCUUUCGCACAAAGUUAGAGUCAUUAAUUAUACACGAAAAUUGGAAGAUUGUUGUUGCUUGUAAAUAAAUUUUGCAAAUAAAAUAUUGAACACCACGAAUA